CGAACGGCCUUGCACAGCCGGAUUCGAAAUACGUGCAAGGUCAAUUACCACUGGACAAGCGACCAAAGUCGUAGGCGUCGCCUGUUGGCAAGGUCUCUCUGGCGCAGCACGUCGACACGCCACCGACUCCUCACUUCUGCACCCUCCCGGCGCCCAUUGGCGGUGGCAUAACCUGGCUGCACCACGUGCCAAACGCUUUAUGAUAAGAAGGGCGGACGGGUGCGCGGCCAGCGCACAGUUCACUGCGGCGGCACCCCGUCACGACUAGCCUCGUCACGUCUCGACGCUGCACCGUUCGGUCCCAGCCCUGCCUAGGCAGAGCUCUGGUGCCCGCUGCCGCGGCUGGCGGCGGCAACCUGUGUCGACACCUGUGAGAUCUGUGAGGGACACAGAGAGAGGAGCGCCUGGGCGCCUUUGAUUUGACCACUUGCCGGCAGCCUUCAAGCGCUGUGGCACUAGAAUGCGUGUGACCCAGCAUCCGUACUUGCGUACAUGACCGUUGCACCGCCGACGCGGGGCCCGGUGACAGCCUAAGCCAGGUGGAAUCUGCUGGGCUCGCUCGGCACGCUGUGCCCGCUCCCCUUAGCCCAGGGAGGCGGAAGAGCCGGAGCCGGAUUUGGCGAGGCGGCCGCCGAUUAGCAGUCAGUGCGGCGAUGGAGCCAGGCGGGGCUCGGGAUGGGAGGGGGCUGGAAGCGACAGGCAAAACAUCACCAGCACCAGCACUAGCAGCAGCACUAGCACUAGCAGCAGCACCAGCAGAAGCAGUCGCAGCAGCGCCCGAGGCCGCCGCCACGGCGCCGGGGCCGGGCGGCACACGGCUCACGGACCUGCCCUCGGAGCUGCUGGCCCUCAUCCUGGCGGCGGCGGCGGUGAGGGUGAAGGCGGAGGUGGAAGUGGAGGUGGAGGCAGAGGCGGCAGCAGUGCCGCCAAGCCGCCGGGCCAGCCGCGCGUGUGUGCCCAAGAAUAACCACACCGACACCCGCGACCGCACGCACACAGCCCUUACUGCAGCUCAGGACCGGCCUGAGACCGGCGCAUCGGACCCGGUUCCGGAGCGGGGCGGCCCCACCGGCCCCACCGGCCCCACCGGCGGCGCUCAGGGCGGCGGCGCCUCGCCCGCCACAGCCGGCCGCGACACCACUGGAGCCGCGGGCAGAGCCACGAGCCCUGUCGCCGCAGCCGCACGUGAUGCGGCCGUGAAGAGCGCGGGUGCGGGUGAGGGUGAGGGUGCGGGUGCGGGGCCGAAACCGCCAGAACUGGCGCCGGCGCGACGUGCGGGAGGAGGGAAAGGGGCCGGCGUGGCCAGGGCUGCGGGCGGAGGGCGGUCUUCCUCUGGUACUCCCCCUGCGCCUGCUCAGCCUCCGGCGGCGGCGGUGCCGGUGCCGGUGCUGGAUGCGCGGGAUGCGGCGUACGCGGCCCGCUGUUGCCGGCAGCUGCGGGCGGCGGUGUGCGGCUGUGAGGAGCUGUGGCGCCGGCUGUACUUGGCCAGCGGCCUCGGCGGGGGCGGCGGCGGCAGUGGCGGUGGUGGGGGUGACGGCGGCGCUGGCGGCGCGGUGGCGGCGGCGCGGGGCGCCUCAGCAGCAGGGGCGCCCCAACAGCGCGCGCCGCCGCGCCCUCCGCCGCCGCCGCCGCUAGCGACGUCAGUCGGCCUGGAGCGGCAGGCGAGCAUGGCGGCGGGUGCGGGUGCGGGUGCGGGGGCGGGGGCGGGGGCGGGUGGUGCGGCCGGCAGUGGCGCGCCGCGGCGGGUGGGGGCGGCGGCUCUGGCGGAGGCAGGGCGCCGGGCGGCGGCGGCGGCGGCAGUGGGUGCAGAGACACCUGCCGCAGGGCCCGCCAAGCCACGACCGGCAGCAGGUGGCGGCGGCUGCGGGGCGGUAGGUGCGGGUGGGGGUGCGGGUGCGGCAGCAGGAGCGGCGCCCCACGCACACGGCUCGGAGACAGAAGCACGGGGUGGCGGUGGCGGCGGUGGCGCCGGUAGGAGCGGCACGGCUGGCGGCACCGCGGGCGCGGCCGGAAGCACUGUCGCCGGCGGCGGCACCGGUACAGGCCUCGGUGGCGGCAGCGGCGAGGGCACCUGGCGGGAGCGGUUCCGAGUCAUGUACGUGCGCGCGGCGGCGCAGCGGCGGCACGAGCGGCGUGUGGCGAUGUACCGACUGCAGGCGGAGGCGCAGGAGGCUCGGACCGCGCUGGCGGCGGCGCAGGCCCAGGCGCGGGAGGAGGCGGCGCGGCUGGGCCGCCUGAGGGAGCAGGCUGCGCAGGUGGAGCGGGCCCGGGCCGCGGGCGCCGCGGGUCGCUACUGGGUGCCGGCGGCGGUGCAGAGCCAUUUCACCACAGUGCUGGCGCAGGGGGCGCCGCGGGACGCGGAGUCGCAUGCGGCAGCGCUGCGGCAGGAGGUGCAGGUGGCUCAGGCGGCCCUCAACACUCUGCGCCGCUCCCUCGCAGCCAGGUCUCGGCGGCUGGAGGAGGCGGAACGCAAGCUGCGCACUGCGCAGGGGGACGCGGUGUGAGGUGAUGGCACUGCGGCACUGUCCUGACGUAAGCUAACGCGAGUGGUGUGGGGGCGUGAGUGGGGCCGGAGCUCGGAGUCUGGGGCCCGAAGGGCGGACUGGCCGGGCGGGGGCAGCCGGGGAAGGAACGAUGGGGCGGCUUGGGGAGGGUCAAAAGUCAACUAGUGCCGGCGCAACCCGUGGCGUGUCAGCCGGGCGACAUCAAAACACCAGGGGUGCAAAACACCAAUAUGCUGGGCCUAUCCUAGGGAGGGAGGGAGGUCGCCAUAUUGGCAUAUUGCCGGUUCAAGUGCCCCCGCAUACUGAGUUGGCCGACUUGGCGAUCUAGUUGGCCGUUCGAAGGGGCACCCCGGCCGGGGCCUCCGGUUUCCAGGCAGGAAGGCGGGCAAAGAUCGCGCGCACCACCCUGUAACCCAUACACUAU